AUGGCAAGCACCUCCGUCGACGUGAAAGAACUCCCAGCGUCGUAUGUUUUCGUCGCUGAUGUUCCUGGAAUGAAGAACACGGACGUCAAGGUCCAGAUCGAGAACGAUAGCAUUCUCAAGAUCAGUGGAGAUCGCAAGCGCGACAAUGACAACUCUCACUACGACACCAAGUUCGUGCGGGUGGAACGAUCCGCAGGGAAGUUCAUGCGGAAGUUCAAUCUGCCCGCAAACGCAGCUCUCGACUCCGUCUCUGCCGCAUGCCAGGACGGCCUGCUCACUGUAGUAGUGCCAAAGAUCCCUCCUCCUGAACCAUACAAGCCCAAAACUUACGACAUAAACGUCGGAGCGAUGCACCUGACCAGUCCACCGUGA